ACCGGCGGGUCCUGCCCGUCCCCUCGGGAAGGGAUGAAGGCCCAGGUGCCCUAGGAAGGGACUCGCAGCUUCUUGCACACCGCUCCUCCUUCCUGGGCAGCAAUGGCUUCCUCUCAGCCUUUCUCCCCCUAGACUGAAGACCCGCCGUGCCCAGCGGCCCGUGAGGAAGAGGAGGAGGUGGUUCGUGUGCUGACUCUGCCUCUGCAGGCUCAUCAUGCCAUGGAGAAGAUGGAAGAGUUUGUGUAUAAGGUGUGGGAAGGGCGCUGGCGCGUGAUCCCGUACGACGUGCUGCCCGACUGGCUGAAGGACAACGAUUACCUCCUGCACGGACACCGCCCGCCCAUGCCGUCCUUCCGAGCCUGCUUCAAGAGCAUCUUCCGAAUACACACCGAGACCGGCAACAUCUGGACACACUUGUUAGGUUUCGUCUUGUUCCUGUGCUUGGGGAUCCUGACCAUGCUGCGGCCCAACAUGUAUUUCAUGGCUCCUCUCCAGGAGAAGGUGGUGUUCGGGAUGUUCUUCCUGGGAGCGGUGCUGUGCCUCAGCUUCUCCUGGCUUUUCCACACCGUCUACUGUCACUCGGAGAAGGUCUCGCGGACGUUUUCGAAGUUGGAUUAUUCAGGAAUUGCACUGCUGAUCAUGGGGAGCUUUGUCCCGUGGCUCUAUUACUCGUUCUACUGCUCCCCGCAGCCACGACUCAUCUACCUCUCCAUCGUCUGCGUCCUGGGCAUCUCUGCCAUCAUCGUCGCGCAGUGGGACCGCUUCGCCACCCCCAAGCACAGGCAGACAAGAGCAGGCGUCUUUCUGGGGCUGGGGCUGAGCGGCGUGGUGCCCACCAUGCACUUUACCAUCGCCGAGGGCUUCGUGAAAGCCACCACCGUGGGCCAGAUGGGCUGGUUCUUCCUCAUGGCCGUGAUGUACAUCACGGGCGCGGGGCUGUACGCCGCCCGCAUCCCCGAGCGCUUCUUCCCAGGCAAAUUCGACAUCUGGUUUCAGUCCCAUCAGAUCUUCCACGUGCUCGUGGUGGCCGCGGCCUUCGUCCACUUCUACGGGGUGUCCAACCUGCAGGAGUUCCGCUACGGACUGGAAGGGGGGUGCACAGACGACUCUCUCCUCUGAGAGCGCCUGGUUUUAGUACAAGCUUCCUAAGUGCUUUUUAAACUCUUGUCUUUGCUAAAAUCAAAGGAAGACUCAAAACCGUUUGGGGUUGUAGUUUUGGUUUUGUCUUUUUUUUUUUUUUUUAAGGA